GUCUUGUACGUACUAGUUAUAUAUACGUAUGUGUGUUCUAGUCUUGUUAAUUCUCUUUGUUUAGAAUGUCUGCCUAUGUAGUUUCUAAUUUCUCAAGCUUAAGAAAAUACCAAAAAGACGGUUAGUAAAAUCUGAAUUUCUCCUUGUUGUUUACGCUUUCUUUGUCCUCAACCCUGUCUAGUUUAGGUUAUUAUUUUCUUGCAAUCCUCUCUUAAAAUUCUGUCACCUAGCUUUAGCUAAGCAUCGUUGCCGUUGCCUAGUCCCUAAGGAGAACACAACAUCCCCAGUUUGGGCAUGAAAAACCCACUGUACUUACCAUCGAUCAUUUUGGCGCCGUUGCCGGGGACUAGCUUCGAGUGAUUGUGUUAGGCUAUAGACUAGGUUUUUCUUAUUUUUCUAGUUUGUGCCAUAUAUUUGUGAUAUAUCUCUAACCACUAACCCCUGUUCUAGCUAGUAUCUCUUUGUUUUCUUUUCCUUUUGCAGGUUAGAGCUAUCUACUCGGUUAUGGCAUAUUAUUCAGAUUGUCUCGGAGAUGCGAGGAACACUACAAACAGCACGGAAACUAUUCAAGAACUGAUAAGUAAGAUUUCCCAUCGAUUAGAUGAUUUAGCUCGGCAGCGAGAAGUAGUUUUUGAGGAUAGGCCUAGCUCUUAUGAUCCUUAUUCUAGAUGACAUCCUUAUGUUGCUCCUACAUGCCAUAUUUGUGGAUUUCAGGGCCUUCACUCGCUGAAUGUCAGCGUGGUUACUCUCACUCUCCCAAUUGUUAUGGCAUGAGCUUCGCCCCACAGCCUAGCUCAUACCAAAACAAUUACUCAUAUGGGUGGCCUGAGAACCAAAAUAUGUCAUAUAGGAGCAACAACCCUGAGAUCUCACUGUUUGCUUCUAGUAAUCAUAUGCAUGGAUUUAGGUACAAUGAGGAGAGCCACAACUAUGCUCCACAACAGAUUUAUUUAGCUCCUACUCAUAUACCUCAACACUACGAGAUGUUGCCAAUGGAGUUAAAUGGUCCUCCAUUUGGUCAACCAACAACUCCAGCAACCGCCGAGCAAUCUCAUGUGCAAGUGCCCACACAAGAUGAAUUUGAUGAUAUAGACAAGCUCACAUUGCUUAGUCUCGAGUUCACUUGGAGUGCCGAGGAUGAUCCUAUUAGGAAGGUUAUACUAGAGGAAAUGAAGAAGAUCAAGAGUGGAAAAGAGCUAGUGGAAGAAGUAAGGAAGAUUGAGAAGAACAUCAACGCCGGCAGCACUAUUUCUUCACAGCUUGAGCUGAGUGUUUCUGGGAUUCCCCUUGAUACAUGUGAGGUUCCAACACCUUCAUAUCCAGCCAAGGAAGAUAGCAAGUGCCUUGAGGAAGAGAUAUCUCAGAUUGAAGAAGAUGAACUAGAAGACAAGGAACAAGAUGACCAAGAGCUUGAAUGCCCAAGUGAUCAAGACAAAGAUCCGUUGCAUCUCACUCCUGGAGAAGUAAAAGAAGCUCCUAUAGUUGAAGAUGAAGAACCAGAAAUUCAUUUGCCCAUCAUCAUACAAGAGCGUGAUAUAGCAGGUUUAUCUAAUCCUCUCGAUGACAUGGGUCCAUAUGAAUUGUUUGCUACUACCUUGCAUUGCAUGAUGUUAUCUGUUAAAAUAGAUUUGAAGAAGUGUUUGCUUGGAUAUGAUGAUACAUAUACUGUUGGUGGCAUUGCUCAUAUUAAUGAUGAUCACACUUAUUUUCCUCAUGCCAAACCUAUGCUUAAUGAUAAAUAUCAUCCUCAUGUUAGUAUUGAGCUUGCUGAGUCCUAUCAUACUCAUCAUGUUCUUUAUAGCUAUGCUUAUGUAAUUGGGUACUCUAUUGAUGAUUUAGAGGGCAUUACCCCUUUCACUUGUAUGGUCUCUUUUGUCGAGUGCUCUUUUAGGUUUUUGCUACUGCACCGUUCACUACAUGCUGACCAGGUUCGAGGUGACAUUCCUUGGGACCCCGGUGGAUCCUGAGCACGGAGAUGAGGAGAAGCAAUGGGCACACACGUGAGGAAGGGAGAAGCAAUGGGCACAUACAAGGAAGAGAAAAGCUGGAGCAUGCACGAGGAUAGAGAGAAUGAGGAUAGAGAAGCAAAAGGAGAGGAUUCACGAUGCAAGAGGAUGUGAGAUGAUCGAGCAAGUUCUACUUCAUAAAGCCCGGUGAGCUGUUUCACGGCCCCAAUCUGAAUAUAUCAUCUAUUGAUACAAGCUGAAAUCAAUUGCUAGUGGGGUUGCUUGAGCCAGUUAUUACUCGUUGUCAAGCUGAAAUUCACCUUUGGCAUCGUGCUUGAUGAGAAUAGGCGAACUGAUUGUUGAAUGCCUUGUAAACUAGUGAUCUACACCCUAUUUGCUUUGCAGAAAGUAGUGAAAGCUAUUAGUUUUGAGUGCUCAAAUCCCUAGUGCACUAGUAAACUUAAUCAUUUUCUGCAUUUACCUUGAUACACCUAGAUCACUAUGUUCAGAUGAUGUAUUUGUGCCAAGUGUGUUCCCAUUCAGAGCAAUCACUUUACCACUAUGGACUAGCAUGCUAUGUUCCCUGGAUCGGUAGCAUGUGAACCAUACAUGGUUGAGUGAUGAUUCUUGUUUUUGUUAAAAAAAUUAUAUCUUAUAAUGAAUAAUAAGUCUGACUACCUACAGUAGCAUGUCAUGUUCCCUGGAUCGGUGGCAUGUGAAAUUGGGUUAGCUCGGGCAGUAAUUAAUAAUAAAAAUUGUAAUUGUCGAACCAGGUGUAUACCAUGUUCUCUGGAUCGGUGUUAUGUUCCUAUGGUGAGACUAAUAAUAAUAUAAUCAUUGCUUUAUCUCUAUAAAUAAGUGAUUUGAUCACAAGAUUUAAUUCCAGUUCUUUUUGUUCUCGGGUUCAUGCUCUCUUUAGGAACCAUUUGGCACAGUCAUCACUUAAACUUGUUGAUCCUCUUUUAUCAUUGUAAAAGUUUUAAAUGGUCAUGCUUACUAGUAUCCUACUGCUUUGUAGCAUUCAUAACCAUUGAUUUUCACUAGCAAAGUUCAAAGCAUGCUUUGUUUGGAGAUCUACUUCACUUGACAUUCUCUAGUCAGCACGCUGUUCACAAUCUUGCUCUUGUCAUAUUCCUUUGCUUGAGGACAAGCAAAGAUUUAAGUGUGGGGGAACUUGAUAAGCACAUUUCAUAUACAUCUUUUGUCACUCAAAUAUGCGGUUUAUUGAGAUAUAUUCAUUCAUUUCUUGCUAUGAAUUGUUGCAUAUUUGCAUGAAAAUCAUAUAAAGGGGUCAUUUACUACUUAGUGGUUUGUUUUGCAGAAAAGUGCGAGAAGGCACUAUAAACUUCAAGAUCUGGACUAAGUGGCUAAGAGAACGAAGAAGAGGAGGAAGAAUGGAUUUGUGUGAGAAGAAACAAAGUAACCAGGGGGCCAACUUGAGAAGAGAGGGAUGUUCUUGCGAAGGAAGAAGGAAGCAGGAGGGCCAUUGUGCAAAUG